ACAGCUCGCGCCAGACUCCUGGCGCCAUGUCGGCCCUCGACGGCUUCCGCGACCAACUCGUCCAAGUCGUCCUCUUUGAUGGGCGCGUAAUUGUCGGCAAGCUCAAAGGCAGCGACAACUUCUGCAACAUCAUCCUCUCGGACAGUGUUGAGCGCGAGUAUGCUCCGGACCGCGGCGUCGAGAUGGUCCCACUGGGUCUGUACAUGAUCAAGGGGGAUAACAUCGUGUUCGUGGGCGAGAUCGACGAGGAUAAGGACAGCAGCCUCGAUUACUCGGAGAUCAAGGCGGAACCGCUCCGCGAGGUGCACUUUUAGAUCGGCGGAUAGACACGCCGGCAAGAUGAAGAGCUCAAUUGCAGGCGGCAUAUGUAUCGGGUACUCGUGUGUUGGCGUGUGCGGGGUGUCGAGGCCAGUCGGCGUGCAGCGGGCCAGUUGAGCGGUGAUGCAGCCGUGGACCGAGCAAGAUGCUACCGGACGAAGCUAGUCAGGUGGGAACUGUCCCUGCGCUUCACUCUCGUCGGGACGCCACCUGCCUUGGUAAUGCACAGCCCCAGACAGUCCUCCGUCGCUUUCAUGCAUGCACAAUAACCUGUUG